UUCUGUAGAUCAUGGCAGUUUUGGAAGCUUUCAAAAGAUGGUGGUACAGAAACUGUUCAUGCAACGUUGAGGAGGAUGAAGAAAUUCUUGAUGAUCUGUUCCUUUGUGAAGAGUUGCCCCUGCAGCUCCAAUCUCAGCCCUUACCUGCCCUGAGUGUGGUUCAAGGUGAUCUGAACCACCUGACUCCAGCAGUGAGACACUUUGUGGAAGAAAGUGCGAAGCUGUGUGAGCCAGCCAGCAUUCACAUCUGUGACGGCAGCGAGGAAGAGAACAGGCAGCUGCUGUCCCUGAUGGAGGAGCAGGGAAUGAUCAAACGCCUACACAAGUACCAGAACUGCUGGCUGGCUCGCACAGAUCCCAAGGACGUUGCUCGUGUGGAGAGUAAAACUGUGAUUGUGACCCCCGAGCAGAGGGAAGCGAUUCCCAUAGCAAAGAACGGAGUGAGCCAGCUCGGGCGAUGGCUGUCAGAGAAGGAGUUUGAAAAGGCCUUCAAUGCACGAUUCCCAGAGUGUAUGAAAGGGCGUACAAUGUACCUGAUCCCAUUCAGCAUGGGACCUGUGGGGUCACCUCUGUCCAAGAUCGGUGUUCAGCUCACAGACUCGCCCUACGUUGUGGUCAGCAUGAGGAUUAUGACCCGUAUGGGAUCGGCUGUGCUGGAGUCCCUGCGCAGUGGCCAGUUUGUGAAGUGUCUCCAUUCAGUGGGCUGUCCCCUACCACUGAAGAAGCCGCUGGUCAAUAACUGGCCCUGUAAUCCUGAGCUGACCCUGGUUGCCCACAUACCUCAGCGCAAGGAAAUCAUCUCAUUUGGAAGUGGCUACGGUGGGAACUCCCUACUGGGGAAGAAGUGUUUUGCUCUGCGCAUCGCCUCGAGGAUUGCCAGGGAUGAGGGCUGGCUGGCUGAGCAUAUGCUGAUUUUGGGAGUAACCAACCCCAAAGGCCAGAAAAAGUACAUAGUUGCAGCUUUCCCCAGUGCUUGUGGCAAGACAAACAUGGCCAUGAUGAACCCAACAUUGCCCGGCUGGAAAGUGGAGUGUGUGGGAGAUGACAUUGCCUGGAUGAAAUUUGAUCAGCAAGGAAUCCUAAGGGCAAUCAACCCAGAAAAUGGCUUCUUUGGUGUCGCUCCUGGGACCUCAAUGAACACAAACCCAAACGCUAUGGAAACCAUUCGGAAGAACACCAUCUUCACCAAUGUGGCAGAGACCAGUGAUGGCGGUGUUUACUGGGAAGGCAUCAAUGAAACUCUGCCCCCCAAUGUCACCGUGACAUCGUGGAAGAACAAAAGGUGGACUGAGCAAGAUGGAGAACCUUGUUCACACCCCAACUCCAGAUUCUGUGCUCCCGCCAGGCAGUGUCCGAUCAUAGAUCCCAACUGGGAGUCUCCUGAAGGCGUUCCUAUUGAAGCAAUUCUCUUUGGAGGGCGAAGGCCAAAUGGGGUCCCUCUGGUGUACGAAGCGUUCAACUGGCAGCACGGAGUGUUCAUCGGGGCGGUCAUGAGAUCAGAGGCUACAGCUGCAGCUGAACACAAAGGUAAAGUCAUCAUGCACGAUCCGUUUGCCAUGAGGCCUUUCUUCGGGUACAACUUUGGCAAGUACCUGUCCCACUGGCUCAGCAUGGAGCACAGGCCCUACUCAAGGCUUCCCAAGAUCUUCCACGUCAACUGGUUCCGCAAGGACAAGCACAACAACUACCUGUGGCCGGGCUUCGGUGAGAACUCGCGAGUCCUGGAGUGGGUGUUCCGGAGGAUCGAGGGGGAGGACUGCGCUAAGUUCUCUCCAUUGGGCUUCAUUCCCAAGGAUGGAGCUCUGAACCUUGACGGCCUGGCUAACGUGAACAUGGAUGAGCUGUUCCGUAUCGACAGGGAGUUCUGGGAAGAGGAAAUAAAAGAGAUCAGAAAAUAUUUUGAUGAACAGGUCAACAAUGACCUUCCUAGCAAAAUAGCCAAUCAGCUGCUGCAGUUGGAACUGAGAAUAAAUCGCUUGUAACAAAGGCCAAUUGAUAAGAA